AUGUCAGCAGCGGGCGCGUAUGGGCUGAAGCUUGAUCACAUCAGCGCCGCGAGACAGUUGCUGACGAGUUCUUUUCUAUCUCUUUCAUUUCACCGCAACCUCUCAGACCGAUCCGAGACCAACUUCUUUACCGGCGAUCCCCUUCGAGCAUUAUCGACGCUCUCGUUCAGCGACAAUGUCGAUCUGCAGAGGAGCGCAGCGCUCGCCUUUGCCGAAAUCACCGAAAAGGAGGUGCGUGAAGUAGGUCGAGACACGCUCGAGCCCAUCAUGUUCCUGCUGCAGAGCCACGACGUCGAGGUGCAGCGUGCUGCCAGCGCCGCUCUCGGCAACCUGGCCGUCAAUGCCGAGAACAAGCUGCUCAUCGUUAAGCUCGGCGGUCUCGAACCUCUGAUCCGCCAGAUGCUCAGCCCCAACGUCGAAGUGCAGUGCAACGCGGUCGGCUGCAUCACCAACCUCGCCACGCACGACGACAACAAGACCAAGAUCGCAAAGUCCGGCGCGCUCGUGCCUCUGACCCGUCUCGCGCGUUCCAAGGACAUGCGUGUUCAGCGCAAUGCUACAGGAGCUCUGCUCAACAUGACACAUAGCGAUGAAAACCGUCAGCAGCUCGUCAACGCCGGCGCGAUCCCCGUGCUGGUCGGCCUGCUCGGAAGUUCGGAUACCGACGUCCAGUACUACUGCACCACCGCGCUCAGCAACAUUGCCGUCGACGCCGCCAACCGCAAGAAGCUGGCUCAGACCGAACCUCGACUGGUGCAGAAUCUGAUUGGGCUUAUGGAGAGCAGCUCGCUCAAGGUGCAGUGCCAAUCGGCGCUUGCGCUGCGUAACCUUGCCUCGGACGAAAAGUACCAGAUCGAGAUCGUCCGCUCGAACGGUCUGCCUCCCCUGCUGCGAUUGCUGCGAUCUUCGUUCCUGCCUCUCAUCCUCUCGGCGGCCGCGUGCGUUCGAAACGUGUCGAUCCACCCUGCCAACGAAUCGCCCAUCAUCGACGCUGGCUUCCUGCACCCGCUCAUCGAUCUGCUCAGCCACGAGGACAACGAGGAGAUCCAGUGCCACGCCAUCUCGACGCUGCGCAACCUGGCCGCGUCGAGCGAGCGCAACAAGACCGCCAUCGUCGAGGCGGGGGCGGUGGAGCGCAUCAAGGAGCUCGUGCUCAAUGUGCCGCUGAGCGUGCAGAGCGAGAUGACGGCGUGCGCGGCGGUGUUGGCGCUGUCGGAGGAUCUGAAGCCUCAGCUGUUGGAGAUGGGGAUCUGCGAGGUGCUGAUCCCGCUGACUGCGUCGCCGUCGGUCGAGGUGCAGGGUAAUUCGGCGGCUGCGUUGGGUAACCUUUCGUCCAAGUCGGAUGACUAUGGACCGUUCAACGCCGUUUGGUCGCAGCCGGAGGGUGGACUGCACGGGUAUCUGAUCCGGUUCUUGGAGUCGCAGGAUUCGACGUUCCAGCACAUUGCGGUGUGGACCAUCGUGCAGCUGUUGGAGAGCGGGGAUGCGCAGCUGGAGGAGCACAUUCGGGCGUCCGAGCAGCUGCUGCCGUUGAUCCAGCAGCUGGCGUCGUUGGCGUCGGCGGAUCAGAGUGCCGAGGAGGACCGGACGGAGGGUGGAGCCAGCGACGAUGGGACUAGUGCCGAGGGCGAGAUUGGGUCCUUGGCGAGGAGGAUCCAGGAGAUGAUGGAGGGCCAGUAG